GAUGGGAUGAGCGGGUGUGAGAGGGCGGCGGCGCUGGAGGCGCUCAUCUGGUGCCAGGGUAUCGACCAGCCGCCCUCGCUGUCGCCUGGACUGCUGCUGAGGGCGGCGGGACACGGCGGCUUCACUGCUCCGCCCAUCGCCCGCUACACCUUCGCCGACCCCUGGCCUGCCUGCCUGCUGGCCGAGGUGUUGGGGGUGCUGGCCCGCCGACUGCGCUGCUGCGUGGGGCUGCCGCCCGAGGCGGUGUUGGAGCUGGCAGGGGGGCUGGUGGCGGGGGCGCCGGGGGCGGGGGUGAAGGAGGCGCUGCAGGCGCUGUGGGACCUGGCGCCGGGUCCGCUGUCCGCUCGCUCCGCGCUGGCGCUGCUGUCGGCCCCGCUGCCGCCGCUGUGCCACCCGCCCGCGGCGGCCGCAGUGGAGGUGAAGGCGCUAGCCUGCCAGGCGGAGGCGGGCUUCCACGGACUGCAGGCCAUGUCCGCUUGCUGGCUAGGCGAGCACAUCAACAGCAUAGCGGGUGAGUAUGCCUGGAAGCCGCGGGAGGUGCGGGAGCAGCAGCAGCAGCAGAACGGGGAAGACGAGGAGGCGGGUAACCAGCAGCAACAGCAGAGCCUUAGCUCGUACAACAGCGAAGGCAACGGCAACGCGCAGCAGUACGGCAGCAGCACCAGCAGCAACAACAACGGUGGCUACUCUGGUGCCAACGGAAACGCGAAUGGAUUGCCGUCGGCCGUACGACAGGCCCCAGCUCUCUCAACAGCUGCUGCUGGUGCUGCUGGUGCGGGUGCUGGCGGCGCCUCCACCUCCUCCUGCUCUUCAGCGUCCGCGCUAUCUCGUCUAGCAGUGAGCUCUGUAGCACACAACCCGCUGCUUGCCAUGACGAUCACGCAGCUGCAUAGGGCCCUGUUGACAGGCCCCUCUGUCGUUCGAGUCUCAUGCGCCCAGGCGCUCGCAAAGAUUGCCGUACGAUCAGGCGAACCCUACCGCAUCCAGUGCUACAGCCUGCUAGCAUCGCUGCUGGGUCGAGCAGGCGGCUCCGCUGCUGCCGCCCCUUCCCCGCCUGCUGCCUCCUGCUGCUGCCCCUCUCCUGCUGCCCUGUUUGACCCGCUUGGAGUGGCUCCGGUGGCGGCUCCAGCGCUUGAGGUGCUAGAUGCCAUGUACGCGGGCGAGGUGGUGCUGGAGCGGCACAUCGGCCAGCACGGCCCCCGCGCCCGCGACUGGCCCGCCCCCGCGCUGGCCUCCCUGCGACGGCGGCACGAGUGGCUGCUGGGGGUCAUCGCAUGUGCCGUGUGUGCGGUGCCCCGGGAGCUGUUCCUGCCGCUGGGGCCGCGUAGCAAGAGGCUGCUGUUCCCAGACGAGAAGGAGGAGGCGGAGGAGGAGGCGCGUGCAGCAGCAGCAGCCGCAGCCGCAUCCGACCAGCAGCAGCAGCAGCUAGCUCCCGGCGAGUACGACAACCAACAGCAGCAACAGCAGUACUACGACGAGUACGGGCAACCGUACCAGUACGACUACAGUACGGCAGAGCAGUACGAUUAUGGGGAUUACUACGGGCAGGAGGGGCAGCGCGGGCAGGAGCAGGGGGGGCAGCAACUGGUGGAUCAGCAAGACAGGUACGAUUUCUCCGGCUCCAAGGCCUCCGCCGCCGCCGCCGCGGUGGAGCUGCAGUGGGGCGGGGAGCAGGCGGGCGGGUACGAUAACACGGAUGCCACGUCGGAUGCGUCAGCGGUGGCUGAUGCGAGGCCGGGAGUGGUGCUGUACUCCUUUACCGCGGAGUUGGAGGAGGAGGUCUCCGUUACCGCCGGCGACUCCGUUCGUGUGCUCCACGACCUGGGCGAGUGGUUCCAAGUUGCAGCGCCCGGCGGGCAGUCGGGGCUGGUGCCUGCCUCCUACGUGCAGCUGCUGGACGAGGGGGGAGGCAGGGAGCGGGACACAGCGGCCUCGGGGGCGGGAACUGGGGUUGGGGAUGGGGCGGGAUCCGCAGGAGGCGCUGGGGCAGGAGCGGGUGUUGGGGGCAGCGGUGGCAGCAGCAUGGGCCGGCCGUCGGGGCCGGGCGUGCUGCAGCCCGCGUACAGUUAUGCGGAAAGCCAGCAGAGCGCCGGGACGGUUGCGGGAGCGGCGGGAGGAGGAGGAGCGACGUCGGAGUACUAUACGUAUCAGUACGACAAUGCAGAGUAUGACGUGGCAGGAAGUAGCGCUGGCGGCGGCGGCGGUGGCGGCGGAGGAGGGGAGUAUGAGUCAUACUAUGGGGAGUACGGCACGUCAGGGUACGGAGGUGGGGAUCAGUACGGAGGCGGGGCGUACGGCAGUUCCGCGUACGGCGGAGGCGGCGGGAUGUACGGCGGUGGCGGUGGAGAUUACGGCGGCGGCUCAUCAAGCGCUGCUGCUGCUGCCGGCACGGGGCGCGGGGGUGGCAAGAAGGGCGGCUUUGGAGGUUUCGACGACUUUGGUUCCGUGCUUGCGGAAGCAAAGACCGCCGCCGCCGUCGCU